CGAGUUUUAACCAUUUUUAUCUUGGAAGCAAUCAAUUCCAUCUUUCCAAGGGGUUUUAGGGUUUCGUCACUCACCGAUAAUUCUCUCUCUCUCUCUCAAUCAUGACUGCCGAACAGAAAGAGGAGCUCGCCGCCAAAUUGGAAGAACAGAAGAUCGAUCUUGAUAAGCCUGAGGUUGAAGACGAUGAUGACAAUGAUGAGGAUGAUUCCGACGACGAUGACGAGGCGGAGGAUGGACAUGAUGGAGAGGCCGGCGGCCGGUCAAAACAAAGCAGAAGUGAGAAAAAGAGUCGUAAAGCGAUGUUGAAGCUUGGGAUGAAACCCAUCACUGGUGUUAGCCGUGUCACCGUCAAAAAGAGCAAGAAUAUCUUGUUUGUGAUAUCAAAACCUGAUGUGUUCAAGAGUCCAGCAUCAGAUACAUAUGUGAUCUUUGGUGAGGCCAAGAUAGAGGAUUUGAGCUCCCAGCUUCAGAGUCAGGCCGCAGAGCAGUUCAAGGCUCCUAACCUCAGCAAUGUGAUUUCACAGGGAGAAACAUCGAGUGCUGCAGCUGCAGCUGCUGUUCAGGAUGAUGAUGAAGAGGUGGACGAGGAGGGAGUAGAGCCAAAGGACAUCGAGCUGGUGAUGACCCAAGCAGGAGUUUCUAAGCCAAGGGCAGUUAAAGCUCUUAAGGCCGCUAAUGGAGAUAUAGUCUCUGCCAUCAUGGAGCUUACCACCUAAAUCUGAAACUUUUUCUACUUUGAUGUGGUUUUCGUGUUUUUUUUUGUGUUUUGUUUUCCCUUUUCCUUUCAAGUGAUUUUGCAUGUUGUAUCAUUAUAUACCAUAAGUUUGGACUCAUUUCAUAUUUACAAUUUCAAUUUGAGUGGAUUUUCGUGAGUUUAUACUGUUUA